GCGGCGGCGGCGGCGUACAAAACGCUGCGAUCGGCCUCCCGUGGGCUUAGUUUGUGAGACGCUCCCGAAGCGACAAGUAGUUGGUAGCGAAGAUCGGCGAAGAGCGGCAGGCAACGCAACUGCACGCGCUGCACCAUCGAAUCCCACAGAUACAAGGCAGUGGACAGAAUAUCCCAGCGGAAAAAAUAUCAUUUCAUUUUCGUUUUCACUUUCAUGUUUAUUUUAACUUGGGCGCUUUCGGUUCGAAAACAACAAGCGCGUAGUAAAAGCAGAGCGAGGAAAACGUGUCGCCGUCCGUCAAAAGUGAAGCGCUCCCAUGUGCUGCACUACCAAUUGAAAAACAUAAACAGAAAAUAGGCGCAGAAUACAGAAACUAUAGAUGAACAGCCGCUGCAGGAGCAAAGCGCCCUCCCAAAAAAUACAAAUAUAAGCAAUAUAGCGACCUGCAGUCGAGGGCGAAAGUGAAAGUGUGCAGCUACGUACAUAUAUAUCGAUCGAGCUCUUAUCUACAGCACCUCGCCCGAAGUGAAUGCACUGCAGCGAAUCGGAGCCACCACACUUGGUUCCUAAGCCCGGACCGUAUCAGAAUUCAAGUCCGUAGAGCUGUUUUGCACGAGUUCGAAAAUAGAUUUCACCGCCAAGCCAUUCAAGUUCAGUGGCAGCGACAAAUCUGCAAAUCCUCCCGAGCAAACUGCACCAUUCGUCCGCCUCAUACAACAUCAUUAUCAACGCAGCGGAUUCGGAUUUAGAACACCCCAAGUAGCAGUUGGCGGUCAUGACUCGAUCCAAGGAGAAUCCGGAGAAGAGCCGCGAGGCGAUCAGCGAGGAGGGCAUGAAGGAUCUGCUCACCAAGCAGCUGGAAGUCGUGGGCAGUGGAGGCGCAUUUGUGUGGGCGAUCUUCUUCCUGUGCGUCACCCCCAACAUACUGAAUGGCUUCCAUGUCUCGUCCUACACUCUGCUGGGCCACCUGCCCGAUGACCAGUGGUGCGGCAUUCCGGAGCUGCAGGACACCAACUGGACGCUGGCCCAGAGGCGGGAGAUCGUCGGCAAGGGACUGGAGACGGGCGGUUGCACCGUGUGGGACUGGAACUAUGGCCACCUGGCCAAGAUGUCCUACGAGGCGGCCCUGAACUACACCAGCCAUCUCUCGCAGAUUGCCCAGCCGGCGGAGGUGUCCUGCCGCGUGAAGGGACAACAUGAGUUCGCCCAUCCGGAGACCACCUUCGUUGCGGACUGGGAUCUCACCUGCGACCGGAGCAUCCAGCGUACCUCCGCCCAGGUUUCCAUUUCGCUGGGCAAGUUCUGCGGAUCCUUCUCCUUUGGCAUUCUGGCCGACAAAUUUGGUCGCAAGACCUCAUUCACCCUGGGCGCUGCCUUCUUCAUUGUGGGCAGCUUUUUCUGUACCUUCUCGCCCUGGUACAGCCUCUUCCUGGCAGGACGUUUCGCCCUGGGCGCAGCCUCCUCCGGUCUGUUCUAUCCAGCAUUUACCAUGAUUGUGGAGAACAUCUGCUUGAAGCAUCGCUCCUGGAUGUCCAUUGCCUUCUCGGCCUCCUAUCCGGUGGGCAUGAUUAUCCUGGCCAUUGUGGGCUACAUCAUCCAGCCAUGGAGGCAUCUGCAACUGGCUCUCACCAUUCCCUCGCUGCUGCUCAUUCUAAACUGCUACUUGAUGUGUGAGUCCCCGCGCUGGCUGAUCACGAAUCAAAGAUAUGAUCGCGUCUACAAGAUUCUCUUCAGGCAGCCCAGCCACUACCAAGUUCAGCCAGCCGUUGCAGCUCCAUCUCAAGUCGCCAGCGAUAAGAAGUCGCUGGAGCCGGAAGAGGCACUCUCCUUUGGUCAGAAGCUCAAGAACGGUCCCCUCAAGUCCAUCAUCGAGCUGUAUGCCAAUGCCAGGGUGCGCAGGAUGAUUUUCGCCUCGUACUUCAUGUUCUGCGUCACUUCGCUGAGUUACUAUGUGACGGCUCUCAAUGCCGCCAAUCUGUCGGUAUCCAGGUACCUCUACAUCGUGGGCACCGGUCUGGUGGAUAUACCCUCCUAUCUCGUCCCUGUGAUAAUGCUCCGCUUCACGGGCCGUCGCCUCACCACCAUGUUCCUGUUCCUGUGGACGGGCGUGUCCUUGCUGCUGGUCCUUGCUGUGCCCGCCGGCAGCACCACCUGGAUCGUGGCCUUCGCCAUGCUGGGUCGCUUCGGCAUUAGUGCCACCUACUCCGUGGUCACUCUCUAUACAGCCGAGCUGUAUCCCACCCAGAUACGCAACUCCGCACUGGGAACCUGCUCCACCUUCGCCCAUGUGGGCUCCAUUUCGGCACCGUACGUGGUCGAUGUCCUCGGAGCUCUGGGCUGGUACAUUCCAACAACGAUUUGCGGCUGCUGCGUUCUAGUAGCUGGCCUCCUGACUCUCACACUUCCGGAAACGGGAACGGGAAAGCUGUCCGACAAAGUGGAGAGCAGUGCGUCCUCCACUCCGACGGAGCCGGCCGAGAAACAGUGAUGACAGCAGUAGGUAAGGUCCAUUUUCCACGACACGAUUUGUCAGCAGUGCAGAUGGAAACCCUUUAAAUUGAUUAACUACUUUUUAAGGAAUACCAAAAUAGCUAUUACACCUAAAAACUUCUGUACCUCCAGGCAGCUUUCGCUAUUUAAAAUGUUUUACAAUCGGAAAACACGUUUAAGAAAACUAUUAAUGGUUGAGAGCGAAGUGCUCUAAAGAAAAAACAGAACUGAUAAGCAAAGUCGUGAAAAUGGUUAGUUAGUCUAAGAUAAAUCUAGCUAUAUAAUACCUACAGUAAUUAAGCGUAAGUUGUUAGUUUCUGCUAUUCCUGCAUUGUUUAAGUGAAUAUUCAUAUAUGUUUUUCUGUUUGAUACCGCACAAUAAAUAUACUAUUUAUACGUGAUC